CGACGCCGUGCCCCAUUAAUUCGCUUCGGAGUUCUACUUCUAUAGCUAUAUAUCUUCGCUCUUGAGUGCUAGACAUGUAGCCCGCUUAUCUCCCGUUUACCGCUGACUACCCUCGCAUCGCUCACACCAUGUCCUACUACUGUGAUCGCUGCGUUCGAUUCUUCGUGAGUGAGCGUGCGCUCGAGCAGCACCAGGACGACUCGGGCACGCACAACAUCUGCGACGACUGUGACAAGGACUUCACUACGUACGAAAAAUUGAAGCAACAUUGGAUUGGCUCUCACAGGCAUCACUUUUGCCAAUACUGCGAUGAACACUUUGACAACGAGGACGAGCUCGAGGAGCACGAAGAGGCAGAGCACUACUACUGCGCACCAUGUGGCAGGUCCUUCAAUUCCGCACUCGGUCUGCACGAGCACAAUCGCCAGUCGCAUCACUACUGCACCGACUGCCGGCGGCUCUUCCAGAACGAGAACAAUCUCCAGCACCACCUACGCUCGACCCUGCACGCAGGCGCACACGUUCCGUGCCCAGGCAAGAAGUGCAAGAAGAUGUUCGUCAGCGGCGCCGCACUCAUUCUCCACCUCGAGUCGGGCACUUGCCCCUCCCGCAUCACGCGCGAGCAAGUCAACCGCGUCGUUGCAAAGUACGACAAGGGCAACGUGAUCACGAACCCCGCGCGCAUGCUCGCGUACAGGGAGGGUGGCUCGGGACAGACGAUCGCGACGUGGGCUACGGGGCGUGCGUGGAACGGCCUCCGUUACGAGUGCUUCCUGUGCCACCGCGAGUACCGCACGCUCGAGGCGCUCAACCAGCACCUCGCGAGCCCUGCGCACGAGAAGAAGAUGUACCGCUGCCCGCGCGGCUACUCGGGCUGCGGUGCUGAGUUCAAGACGCUGAGCGCAUUGUGCCAGCAUGUCGAAAGCGAGCAGUGCAGCAUCCGCCGGUUCAAUACCAAGGUGCAGGACUACCUCGGCGACCUGACGAGCAACAUGAAACGAUUGGGCAUUUGAGCGACGUCCUGGACGGGAUGUCCCGGCCGUUCUCAAGCCCAGCCGUCCUUUCUUGUUUCUCUCAGGUUCUUCGUUUGCAAUGCUUCUCCAGCGCGCGAUCGCUCCUCGACACGCCAGCCCU